GACCCCGUGUUUGCGUCAUUGGACCGCGACAGCCGUAGUGGGCAGGGAGAGUGAAGUUAGAGGUCGUGACAGACAUGAGAGGGUUCGGCGUUAUUCUUAGAGCGGCGCGUGCUGCUCUCCCUGCCGGGAUCCGCCAGUUCCGCAGCGCCUGCCCGCGGCCCGCCUUCGCUAAGGAGCUUUUCCUAGGUACCUUUCGGAAGGAGGAGGUUUUUCCUUAUCCUGAGAUUAGCAAUGAAGAAUUGGAGGAAAUUAAUCAGUUCGUAGGGCCCGUAGAAAAAUUCUUCACUGAAGAAGUGGAUUCUAAGAAAAUUGACCAGGAUGCUAAAAUUCCUCAGGAGACGCUUAAUGGACUAAAGAACCUGGGGCUCUUUGGCAUACAGAUUCCAGAGGAAUAUGGCGGCCUUGGACUUUCAAAUACAAUGUAUGCGCGUUUGGGAGAAAUCAUUUCGCAAGAUGGAGCUGUUGCAGUAACAUUAGCAGCUCACCAAGCUAUAGGACUAAAGGGAAUCCUUAUUGCAGGCACUGAAGAGCAAAAGGAGAAGUAUCUACCUAAACUGGCAUCUGGAGAACACAUUGCAGCAUUUUGUCUCACAGAACCAGGAAGUGGAAGUGAUGCUGCAUCUAUUCAGACAAGAGCAACUUUAAGUGAAGAUGGCAAAAGUUUUUUAUUAAAUGGUUCAAAGAUAUGGAUAUCAAAUGGUGGUAUUGCUGAUAUCUUUACUGUGUUUGCAAGGACAGAGGUGGUUGACAAAGAUGGUGCAACCAAAGACAAAAUUACUGCUUUCAUUGUAGAAAGAAAUUUUGGUGGGAUCACUAAUGGGAAGCCAGAGGAUAAACUGGGCAUUCGAGGAUCUAACACUUGUGAAGUGCACUUUGAAAAUACAAAAGUACCUAUAGAGAAUGUUCUUGGAGAAGUAGGAGGAGGAUUUAAGGUUGCUAUGAAUAUUCUUAACAGUGGAAGAUUCAGCAUGGGCAGUGCAUCAGCUGGAAUGCUUAAGAAACUGAUAGAAAUGACUGCAGAGUAUGCUUGUACUAGAAAACAGUUUAAUAAGAAGCUGAGUGAAUUUGGAUUAAUUCAGGAAAAAUUUGCCCUUAUGGCUCGGAAAGCAUAUGUAAUGGAGAGCAUGGCAUACCUGACUGCAGGGAUGAUGGACAAACCAGGGAUUCCAGAUUGCUCGGUUGAAGCAGCCAUGGUUAAGGUGUUUAGUUCUGAAAGUGCAUGGGUUUGUGUCAGUGAAGCUUUACAAAUCCUUGGUGGCCUUGGCUACAUGAAAGAUUAUCCAUAUGAGCGCUAUCUCCGGGAUUGCAGGAUACUUCUAAUUUUUGAGGGAACAAAUGAAAUUCUGCGAAUGUAUAUAGCUUUGACAGGAAUGCAGCAUGCAGGCAAAAUUUUAACCGAAAAAAUCAAGGAAAUCAAGAAGGGAAAUGUGGGCAUGGCAUUGGGAAUGUUUAUGAGCAGGAUCCAUGACAGCAUUGGCCGAAAAGUGGAUUUAGGGCUUGUUGGGAAAGAUGGAGUAGUACAUCCCAGUCUCGAAGCAAGUGCCAGCAAACUUGAACAGAAUGUGUACUAUUUUGGAGUGACAGUAGAAGGCUUGCUAAGAAGGUUUGGCAAGACUAUUGUGGAUGAACAGCUGAUUCUGAAGAGAGUGGCAGACAUCCUCAUUAAUCUGUAUGCAAUGACAGCUGUUAUUUCCAGAGCUAGCCGAUCCAUCAGUAUUGGUUUGCGGAAUCAUGAUCACGAGGUGCUACUUGCAAAUAUUUUUUGCACUGAAGCUGGUUUCCAGAAUAAUUAUGCAAUGGCAGAGUUAGAGAAAAAUGCUCCUGAAAACAUGGAUGACAGCAUUAAAAAAGUGGCAAAGCAGGUGCUGGAAAAGAGAUCCUAUAUCUGUUCUCACCCACUUGAAAGAACAUUCUGAAGGUGGAAAUGAUGACAGGAUUGUAGUCUGAAGUAAUGCUACAUAAGGCCAAAUACCUCAUAGUAUUCAGUGCCAGGUCCUUAUAUUGCUCUUGGUCAAGAGGCAGAAUGAACAACUGAGACACUGCAUACCAAGAAUGUUUUCAUGAGUUGUAGUGUGACUUUUAUAAAUAAUGUUGUUUAUAUGCUUGAGCCCAAGUGAAAAUCCCAAUAUAAGAACCAGAUAAUAGGAUGGGGAAAGGAGUAUCUGUUUCUUUGUUUCAUUUUAGAAACUUUCUAAUGCUAUUUAUCUAGUCAUCUCCAUUCUAUCUAGUUGCUUCAAUUUCAGACAAGCCCUUCUUAUCCUAACAGGUGCCUCAUGCAUCUCCUAUGGAGAUGUGACUUCAUCAUUCUGUAUAUUUUCUUGGGGCGGGAUAGAUAAACAAUGCCUAGGAAUUUGUGAUUUCUCUAAUGUUGGAAAAUAUUCAGAAUUCCAAGUUAAUCCCUAUGAGAGUAUAAGGUUCUUAUGAAAACUUGCUGUUUCUAAGCUAAGAAUAAUUAUUGAGGAUUAAAACACAGUAACAAUAAAGAAAAAAGUUGCCUUCUCUAGAAACUAGAUCUGUUUUUGUUUACUGGUUCCUAGCAAAUAUUGUCUGUGUAAAGCUCUCCCAAAACUUCUUGACCUACAUAGGGGAAUGGCAGCAACAGUGUCUCUACAGCAAUGUCAUGGUGCCUGAAGUGUUUUCUUAAUGUCAGUCUUCACAAGUUAUGUAUUUUUGGAGGUUUCUCUGUGCCUGUCAGAUAACAAUCUAAGCUUUUAAAUGAAGGCACAGAUGACAUAUGAAUGUUGUGCAUGCAGUAUCACAGACUGUACUACCCAAAUUUACCUUCAUCCUGCUUGUCACCUGAUGUUGGUAUUUUAUUCUUCAAAAGCCA